AUGCGUUUGCAGGUUGAUGCUGGUGGCGGUACACUGCCUUCUGGCUGCGACGAUGGUUCUGCAGCAGCAGCAGCAGCAGCAGGAGACCCAUCAGCAGCAGGAGCAGCAGGCGGAGUGCAGUCGAUGCUGGUGGCGGUACACUGCCUUCUGGCUGCGACGACGGUUCUGCAGCAGCAGCAGCAGGAGGAGGCCCAUCAGCAGCAGCAGCAGCAGGAGGCGGAGAGCAGUGUGCAUCAUCAUCAUCAGCAGCAGCAGCAGGAGCAGCAGCAGCAGCAGCAGCAGCAGCAGCAGCAACAGAUUUAA